AUGGCUCCAAAGGCCCGAGACGGUGCGUAUGUCGAGAAAAGGAAGGAGUCUCUUUCUCUUCAGAAAUUCUUAAAACAAGAGGACGAAAGGAAGAAGUUCUUCCAGGACCUUGCAAAAAGGAUUGACGAAGAUGACGUGGACUUGGCCCGUCUCAAGCUAGAUUUGAUUGAGGAAAGAAGUUCGCGCGCUCGUUACCAGACAGAGAUCGAGAUACUGAGCAAGCAGAUUACCGAGUACCAGCAGGGCGUACAAAACAAUUCUUACGUCGCGCUCCUCAUUGAUGGUGACGGUGCCAUCUUCCAUGAAUCGUUUCUGGAGAAGCCUGCUCAUGGUGCUGCCGAGGCUUGCCGGCGGCUGAAUGAAAACAUCAAGAACCAUCUCAAGUCAACAGGUGAAAAAGAGGAUCUGCCCGUCUUCGCUCGCAUUUAUGCCGAUCUUGACAAUCUGGCGACUGCGGUUCACCAAUCCGGAAUUGUUGACUACAAGGAGAAGGUCUCCAGAUUUUUCGAGCACUUCACUAAUAGCUGUGCUGAGUUCGAGUUUAUCAAUGUCGGUUUUGGUAAAGAGAACGCAGAUUGCAAGAUGAGAAAAUCUUCUCUAACUCCAGAAAUGCUCAAAUAUUAUUACACCGACCCUCGGUGCGAGAGAAUCUACUUUGUCGGCUGCCAUGACGGAGGCUACGGCCACGAUCUCAAGAACUAUCUCAACAGCCGUGACGAGCCAAAGAAGCGCAUCUUCCUGGUUGAAACAACCCCCGCGCUCCGCUUGAUCAAGUGGCUCGGUUUUGACAUCAUCAGUUUUGGUGAUGUCUUUAGAAAGGAGCCUCUCCCAACCGAAGACACCCCUUUCUUUAAGGUUUCAGCGAGCCUCGUCAGUUCGAAUCGAGCCAGCGAUCGGGAGAUUCUGCCAAAAGAGGACCCGGCUUGCCCCCCAAGCCCCUCGACGAUGGUCGGGUCUCCAAUCCUGGAUGUGGCCGUGCCUGUCAAGCAGGUAUUUCGCAUCAGGGUCCCACCGAGCCACGCAUCAUCAGCAAGCGGCGAUGGCUUUCCCCCCGCCAUCCUCCCGCCAGCAAGGUCCGGGAAAUACGUCUACUUCAACAAGAAUGGAGCUCGACUAGACCCCGACCUGGACGAACCCAGCCAGCAGGCCAGGGAUUCAUACAUGGGGAAGCUUGCUGCAAUGAAGGCCCGCGAAACGAAACAAAAGGUCUUCUGCAACGCGUGGUAUUUGAAUGGCCAAUGUCGCUGGGCAGAGGAAUGCGAAAAGGUGCACAGCGUGGAUCUCACAGAAGAGGAGAUCCUGGUCCAUAGGGAGAGGGCCCGUAGCUCUCUUUGCUACAACGGGGUGAAGUGCGAGGAUUCCGAUUGUAUCCUCAGCCAUCACUGUCCCAAGCACGUAAAUUGCCGCAGAAAGCUCUCUUGCAAGUUCAUUACGAAGGAGGGGGAUCUGCAUUACGACAAAGCGUCCCUGAAGAUUAUGUAA